GUGUGUGUGCAUGUGUGUGUGUGUGUGCUGACGGACAGUCCCUCCCUCACACCUCACGCCCACUGGACAGUAAGAGCGCGGUUGGGAAACGGAAGGAAUCGCAGCAGCAGGAAACUCGGUGGCACUUUGGCGCUGCUGCUCUGCAUGACCACAGGGUGACGGUCGCCUCUUCAGGAAUAAACACCACCAGGAAAUCAUAGUUCAAAGUGACCGCCCGGGCACGCCUGCCUUCACCUACACUGCUGUAAUUCCAGGCUGAAGAGUCGAGGGGUGAUGGAUUGCCCUUCAGAUCUUUUCCAGCAGCAGCCGUCCCAGGUGUGCCACUUCGACCUGUACCACAGUCCACCAGAGUCCACCUCCACUGGCCCCAUCAUUUCUCCUCUUUUGCACCCCAACAGUGCCUCCCAGAGGUGGGGUGGAUAUAGGCAGGGACAGUGCUUAUUCUCUGACCUUCCAGCACAUGAGGAGGAACAGGAGGUGGAUGCAGACAGGUUUGGGAGAAAAUCAGCUGCAGGAGGAACCGGUAUUCCACAAUACCGACUUGGGGAUAGGAGAAGAAGUUCUGGUGACUGGAGUCAGGACCUUCUGAGAGUGAAGCAACUUAGAGUGGACAGUACUGUAAAGAGAGAGGCAGAGGCGGAAAGAGAAGGGCACAGAGGUAGGAGGAGUGUACCUCAAUUGGUAAGGGCAGAGAAGAGUGUAGAGGAAAGAGGGCGGAGGAAGGAGAGCAGGGAGGGGAGGCAGCGGCAACGGCGUGAGCUGAAACUCCAGUUAGAGGAAACCAGAGGAAAGCUGCUAGAGCUUCAGCGCAAAGUUUGGCAAGUAUAUGGAGAACAUCAUGUAGAGGAAGAGAAAGGAGGAGAAGGAGAUGAUGGAGUGAUGGAUGAGACAGCAGAGAUGUUCUCUGAAGGAGAAGCAGAAGAUCACCUCGGCAGUGGGCUCUAUCCUCCUCUGGGUCCUAACGAAAAAAAACAUGAAAGUACAGGGAAUGAGAAUUCCGAGGUGUUUCCAGAAACCCCCGUGGACCUGGACCUUGACAUGGAGCUGGACGGAGGUGGAGUGUGGCUAGGCUGCAGUCUGGUGCAAGGGGAGUGGGAGAAUAUAGGUGGCAGUGAGAAAUUUGCUCAGGCUCUGAAGCAGGAGCUGUCCAGCGCAGUAGCUCGGGUCAUUGACAGGGUUCUCCAUCUCUAUGCUGAAACUGAACAAACACCACCUUCCACUGCAGUUCUGGCCCCAGAGAUUCCCACUAGUAGGGCACUAGACCCAAACCCAGACAAGAAGCAAAGGCCUGGGGUGGCUGCCAGUAUGACAGAACAAGCUGAAGCACUGCCACUGGUUGCAAAGAGACCUCAAGAGAAAAGGAACCCCCUAAUUCAAGGCAGACACAAGAACCUCCUGAUCCCUCAAGCUAACUCCAGCUUACCCCUCUUACCCCAGCCCCAUCUUUCUGCACUCUUACCACCGAGGAACAAAGACUCCUUCCUGCCGUCCUGCCCUCCAAACCCUCCUCCGCUGCCCCUGCCUCUUCUCCAUUACACCAUGCAGCACCUCUUUACUCGUUCUCUUUCCAGUAUGCCACUCCACAAAGACGGGCUCCCCAAUGAACCCUUCAUGGACUUUCGCUCACACAAUCCCUCAUUCCCUCCCCUGCCUCUGCUUGGUCAGUUAAACCCACCUCUCGCUGAUAGAGGCAGAGAUGAGGGGAUGAGAGUAGGAAUUGAUGGAGGAGAUACAGCUCUCUAUCUUGGUCCUGGGGCAUCUCAGGAGGGUCUCUCUCCAUGUCAUCUGAAGAAAGCCAAGCUAAUGUUCUUCUACACACGUUACCCCAGCUCCAACACACUCAAGACUUACUUCCCUGAUGUCAAGUUUAACCGCUGCGUCACCUCUCAGCUCAUUAAGUGGUUUAGUAACUUCCGGGAGUUCUUCUACAUUCAGAUGGAGCGUUUUGCGCGCCAGGCAGCUCGUGAGAGUCCCGUCACAGCCAGAGAGAGGGGACUGCGUCUGAGCCGAAACUCUGAGCUCUUUCGCAUUCUGAACAUGCACUACAACAAGAGCAAUGACUACCAGGUGCCGGACAGGUUUGUGGAGGUGUCUGAAGUGGCACUACGUGAAUUCUUCACUGCUAUCCAGAGUGGACGUGAUGCUGACCCCUGCUGGAAAAAGUCCAUCUAUAAAAUCAUCUGCAAACUCGACAGCCCUGUGCCUGACAGUUUCCGCUUGCCAGGCUGCCCCAUGGACACACACCGCAUGGUCUAAAGAUGUUCAUGAGCAGUCACUCACACACAUGCACACGCACACGCAUGCAAACACACACAUACACACACAUCCUGUAGUGUAAGGAUUAAUGUGGAUAAUACACAGACAUGUUGACCAAAUGGAUUGGAGUUGGCAUACACACCCUCACACAUAUUGCCUGAUAAAAAUCAGUUCAGAUAAGCUGACAAAAAUACAUGUACAUUCGAACACAUACACACACUACAUGCCAAAAGUUUGAAAGCAAAAAUGGCUUUCCAAAAAUAAGCAUGAUUUUUUUUUUACCCCAAAGAAAUUACUGAUAAUAAUGUGUUUAUUAAGACAAAAGGGAUUUGGUUAAAUGUAUGCAGUAAUAAUCUACUUACUGACUCUUAAUUUGCUUUUGCAUUUUACAUUUAAAGCUGAGUUUUACUGCAAUCAUACAUCUGUGAUCUCACAUUCAGAUGGUCCUGAAAAACUGAUUCGGGUAUGUUAAAUUAGGAGUAAAUGGUUAAAUUGGACAGUGUUAAAAUUCAAAGACCAUGAAGGCUUUUCCCAUAUAGCAUGUUAAACUGUGAGCACAUGGUUGCAAACCAAUGAACGAUUUUACAUAAAGCUCUUUUUGGUAAGACAAAUGUCAUUAUACACGUUGUGCUGUGCUUGCUUCCGCACUUUUGGCCUGUAGUGUAUACAUACCUGCUAAAAUAUCAUAUAUACCAUUUGUAUAAUCUGAGAGUGAAUUAAUGGUGAUUUAUUGCCUUCCAGAUUUAAGAAACAGAAAUACAUAUGGCACAAAUGAAGUCAGUGGCCUUGUCGAAUGUAUAAACUCUAAAUAGGUCAUUGACAGGCAUUUUGGAAUUUUGGCUAUACUGUUCCCGGAGAGAUAAGCAUUAUCUGAAGAUAUUUAAAAGGCCUUUUCUAUUUAACAUGCUUAUUUACGUGUAUUUAUCAAGAAAACGACAAGAAAACAACCUUGGCCCUUGAUGUGGUUCAUUGUAAUUUUAUAUUCAAUUUGCUUAUUUGUCAUAAUGUUUGCUAUUAUGUGGCUAUUUCAUAAGACAUUGAGUGUAAAAAUGUGAAUUUUGAUGUGAUAGUACUACUUGUAAUUAAACGUGAAAGUUCAAGCACUUA